UAAUAACAGCAGCUCGGAGAGUCUUGAGGCUCUCCCGUGGACUAGUCCUGAUCACUCAGGGAUACCACAUAAAUCCGUGUCUCAGUUAUUCUCUAAAUUCCGUUCAGAAUAUCUAACAUGGUAUCAGAGCCAUCGUCCGGCGAUUCAUCUCAAUCCGAAGAACUACGCCGUCUGGGAAUUUCAAUUCCGUGUUUUCGUCGAAGGCAAGGGUCUUCUCUCGAUCCUUGAUGGUACUGCCAAAAAACCGGUUAUGCCGCCUGCUGCUCAACAAGAUAUCAAUCGUUGGGUCAUGAACAACGCUCGAGUAAAGACAUGGAUCCUGAAUUCAGUCGAUCCCUCUAUCGUUCUAGGACUUCGCCUAUUUACCACUGCUGUCGAGAUGUGGGCUCAUCUUGCGUCCACAUACACUAUCACCGGUUCUGCCCGCUAGUUUGAAUUGGAGAACGAGCUCGCUAUCUUGAAGCAAGUUGAUCUGGAUGUUGCAUCGUUUUACAAUGAGGUUGUUCUCCUCUGGACCGAGCAAGACAUAUUGCUCGCCUCUCUUCGUCCCGCUUUGUUCUUGGCCAAUGCCAAGCUGAGCGCCACUCUCUCGUCUACUCCGGUUUCUCAUGAAGCUCAAGCCCGAAUUUGAGUUCGUUCGGGCCUCAUUCCUCAACCGGGAAAAUUUGCAACUUGAUGGCGUUUUGGGGCGUCUCAUUCAAGAAGAGACUCGACUUCGGACUCAAGAGAAGUUGGAUAUUCGCCCGGGCGUCAAUGAAGCUGUUUUCGUUGACGAGGCGCAUCUGCUGCUGACAAUCCUGCCUAUGUUGCACAUCGACCCCAAUUUCAACAACAACGGCGUCCUACCUCUGAAUUGACUUGCCUGUUUUGUGAGGAGAAGGGCCACGUUCAAAAGCAUUGUUGUAAGCGCAAUUUUUGUGUCUACUGUAAGCGAACGUGGCAUAUUAUCAGUGAUUGUCGUACUUUGAAAUAUCAGACAGCUGCUGGAACUACGUCAGGGCCACCUCCUGCUCAUCCUGAUUGCGUGUCCUUCGCACCCAAGCUUCGAACUCUGCUGGCCAUUCGGUUUCCUCUCACACAGUGGAGAGGUUAAUUCAAGCUGCUCUUCAAAAAUCCUUUCCCACCGCCAUUAAUUCAGCAUUUGCCUCUCUUCAGGUUUCAGGUAAACCGUGGCUCCUUGACUCCGCGUGCUUUAAUCACAUGACUAGUGAGUCUAAGAAGCUUUAGCAUAUUCGUCCGGUUAAUGAUUUAAGAUUGCAAGUCGCCAAUGGCGUGCAUCUUCCGGUUGCAUGCGUUGGUUUUCUUGAUCAGCAGCAUCUGCAAUUGCCUAAUGUUCUUCAUGUCCCACAACUCUAUCCUAAUCUUUUUUUCGUUGGGCAACUUACUGAUGAUAAUUAUUAUGUUUUAUUCGCACCGUCUGGGUGCUUUGUACAGGAUCUGACGACGGGGAGGCUAAUCAGAAAAGGGAGUAGGCGUUCUUCGAGUCAAUCAGAUUGUCAGUGGAAUCUGUGGUACUCUCGGUUAGGCCACUUGAAUUCUCAACGUUUGCAGUUUAUGUUUCAACAAACAUUGCUUGAUAAUAAAUCAGUUCGGAUUCCUUUUUCUCAUAUGUGUUUGAGUUGUGUUGAGGCGAAUGCCAAAAGCAUAUCUUUCCUAUCUAGCACGACCAUUAUCUCUGAUCCUUUUCAUGUUGUUCAUACGGAUUUUGGGGUCCGGCCCCGGUUACUUCUCGGCACGGGGUUAAGUAUUUUGCUUUAUUUGUGGAUCAUGCGACUCGUUACACUUGGGUCUACUUUCUCCACUUGAAAUUUGACCUGUAUGUUGUAGCUACAAAAUUUCUCACUAUGGUCCGUACCCAAUUUGGCUAAACAAUGAGAAUUCUCCGGUACAAUACCGGUGACGAGUUUGAAUAAGUAUAAAAUGAGUUAAUUUUG